AUGGAGGGCCUUCUGACGGCAGUGAAAACCGUCAAGAGAGAUUCUGACGCCCUUGUCACAUCUACUGUCGAGUCUCUGCGUGCUGAUCCGCCUGCAAGAACCAACCUCGAUCCUGAACAUCUAUCAUCACAUCACAUCAUAGAUCUACUCAAGUCCAGUCCCGAUCAUGAACAGCUGUGUGCCAUUUUGGCAGCUCUUGAUCCCUUCAGCAAAUCCAAAGCUACAAAAGACUUCGAUCUCCGGAUUCCGAGUCCUAUCACAGCCCAGAUUCUCCAAGUAUUAGUCAGCACGACGAUUCCAGAUCAUUGGGCAUCGCUAGAUGCAACAGAUAGCAAAGGGAAGGAUGCCAAAGCUCGAGCAGCGUUAUUGAGAUGUCUUAGCAGCGUCGCGGGUCUCGGUUCCUUGGUGGCUCAGCUACGAUCUCUCAUCAAUGCGGCCCGCGCCUCUGCCCAGCAAGCUCAAGGUUCAAGCAGCCAACUCGGUAUCCGGGAUCUUCUAGCUGUGCUUGCUGCUUUGCUAGAACCAGCGGACUUUUUAUCCCGUGUUUUUUCUGACAUUUCGGUCAUAUAUGACAACAAAACUCGGCAGCAAGUUACAUGGAGAGAACUUGUGUCGCUCGUUGCUGCCGGGAAGAUUCUAUCAACAGUAGCUGAAGCUCUUACUGUUGUUGAUGAGCCAAGAUCAGUGUCUUCCGUGUCCUGGGUCGGGAAUGGCUCUCAAUAUGCAUCGUGGCUUGGGCGCAAUGUUUGGCAUCUAGCAGCAAGGCUAGCCUCAGAUAGCGAAAGCGACUGGGCCGCAGUUGCUUUGCUGACAGGACGAGCCUUAAGCCUUGGAUAUACAGAUCAAAUUGUCAAAGAAAUCUACUCGGGUCUGCUUCUUGGACAGUCCUCGCCGGCAUGCUUUGGAAUCUUAUUAAACCACCUCAGACGGACGGAGCAGCUUGCAGUUGUAGAAGCAAUAUUCCGUGAUAUACAACGAAAGCACUUCUCAGAUGAUCUAUCGGGGACAGUAAGCCCAUCAUCCACUCCUUCAGAGCCCAUUGAAGGAGUGGCAGCUCUGAUUUCCGCUGCCAUUCCUUCUCAUUCGGUCCUGGAAAGCCAAGUCCUGGAAUGGCUCUCAAAAUCGCAAGGUGGCUCGAUAAACACGCUGGGACUGCGCCGUGCAUUGUUGGCCACUUUCGGUAACCGCGGUGAUGUGUUGAAGUCAUUGCUCAUACGAACGCUUGAGCAAUUUGGAGACAAGUUCUCUAUCAAACAUGUCCCAAAUGUGGUGCAGAAUGCAACUGCACAAGUGAUUCUUCUUGCCGCUGGCCACCUGUAUCGGCUAGAUCAAGGGCAGGUGAAAGAAGUAGGCCGGUCAGGAGCAUACCUCAAUGCAGUCUCCAAUCGACUCGCUGCGUCCUCUAACAGAGCACGAUUUCUCGGCAUGAUCGUUGGAACAGGAGUAUCUGAACUCAUUGAGCAACCAGAAAAAGUCCUAAAAUUCGACCUAGAGGAGAUGCGAAGCGAGGAAGCGCUGCGGUAUCUGGAUUUGACCAAGAUCCAAGAUAAGCUCGGUUCACCUGACACCAUCAAAGCAUUGCAAGAGGCAUUGCCAGCAAAACCAGAGGCCCGCUCCAAGCCUGCACCAAAGCCCAAAGCACAAUUUUCUCGCCAUCAUACAAGCAAGAUAGUUGCUAUUGAAGAAGUCGACGAUAGUGACGAAAACGAAGAUGAAGAUGAGGAUGAAGAUCUCAUUCCGUAUGAAAAGCCGGACGACGACGCAUACGAUUCCGAUGAUGAUCCCACGUUGAUCCAACGAAAUAAACCAGUAGCGCCGGUAUAUAUCCGUGAUCUGAUACCAUCUCUCCGAGACACUGAGAAUGUCGAGCGGUAUCAUCUCGCCAUCACCACUGCCCCAUCCUUAAUUCGACGGAAGAUAGGCUUCGGAAGUGAACUUGCCGAGCAGAUCGAGGAGCUCGCUCUGACUGUCGUAGGUCUUCAAAAUGAUAACAAUCAUCCAUCAUUUCAUGAAUCUCGACUACAAAGCAUGAUUGCAUUGAUUGUGUCUGAGCCCUUCAAGAUGGGCCGCUGGUUCACUGCCAUUUACUUCGAUGGUGACCUUUCUCAAGUCCAGAGAUCCGCUGUUCUUACAGCGCUAGGUCUGAGUGCUCGCGAGUUAGCCGGGAAUGGAGAAGAUGACGCCAAAACACUGCGUCUCUCAACUACUGGCGAUACCUCAUUCCCAUCAAAACGGCUCUCGCCUGCCCUAGAGGCGAUGUACUCGGGGGAAAUUCAUCUCCCAUCGCAACGCUCACCCAGAAAAUGUCCCGCGCCCAACGCAGCGGAUACGAUGGCUGGCCCCAAUGCCCUCAAAGUGCGAACCUUCUCAUCACGUAUGGAAGUCGAGAAGAAACGCAAGCAGCGUGAUGCCCAGCGACAAAGCUCCACAAUCAAGGAUCUGCACAAGGUGCUUGCUGAGGGUUUCUUUUUCCCACUGCAGGGUAGAUUCGAGAUAAUGAUGCUGCAGUUCUCGUCGUCCUCUUCCACCUCAUACAACCCAUUUUUCAUUCCCCAUCUCCUAACACUCUUCCUCCAAACUCUCACCCUCAUCCUUUCCACAACAGGCCCCCACACCACCUUCCUCCCAGGCCUCACCCACGAAACACUCUCCCUCCUCUUAUCACUACACACAGCCUCCACAUCCAGCGAACCCACCGUCACUGCCGCGCUCCUGUCCCUGUUCCUCGCUAUAGUGGAUCUUAAUAUUGCGUCUGGCUCAAAUGGCGAACAGCGUCUUGUCACGGAGUACGCCACGCAGGUGAUCGAGUUGCGCGAGUGGGCUUCCCAGAUCUUUGACCGGACGCCGCCUUCAGCUGCACAGGCUGAUCCAAGUUCAGCUGUUACAGACCCGCAGGAGCAGAUACGUACCCUUGCUGCUGGUGUUAUGGUGCGGCUUGGAGAGGUCAUACAGCGGUACCAAGGUCGCUUGAUGGGUGUUCAUUCUGGGUUCAGCUAUUAA